AUGUCUGUUCCUGAGAAAAGCGACUGUGCCUACGGCCGUGAGCUCCCAUUUUACGAGUUCGACAACUCCAAAUUCGAAGACCUGAGACUUGAAACAAGAGUAUACGUUCUACAGGUUUACGACACAAUACAGUACUUGAACCCUGGUGGUCAGCGUGGGCUCGAGUACGAAUGGCUGUUGAUGGCUAUGAGCUGUCUUGGUGCAAGCGAACUCGAAUCAAAAAUGCUGAUGGCGCGAAAAAUAUUCUAUUCAUGGACAAGCAGACACAUCUUCGACAAGAGCUCUGGCUUCUCUUGGUCCACCGAGCCAGCGAAGAUUCGCAAAUGGUAUUGGGAAGAUUUCAUGGCGAUCGCGACGAGAUAG